GAUGAUUACACACGAUAUCUGUAAUGGCCGUCUAGAGGCAGCUGUUGACGAAUUAGCUUUCAAUGCUAGUCGAUUGAGUGAGAAGAUAAAUUCAACGGGUCUUACUGGAUUGUCCUAUCUACCCUCUUUUAAUGGUCUUCCUGACACUCCAUUGAGGGACGCAGACCUACCAGAGAACGCUCGACACUUACGAGACGAGUUUACUGAAAGGGAAUUGGAGAUUGAAAAUUUGAAGAAAAUGAAAAAUCUCUCUUCUGAAGAGGACUUAAGACGAAAAUCUACUUCAAAAAUUCCCAGACCAAACUCUGGGAAGAGGCGCCAGUCUGAUUCAAGCUUAAAGGCUUCACGCGAAAAUUUAGAUGCUGGAAAGAAUGACGACGCCCUUAAUGAAAUCAAAUACAUUAAGGAGACAGCGGAAAAACUAUCUUCAAAAUUUUGCGAAAUGAUUCAUCAAGAUAGUGAAGGAGAAGUUGAUUGCGUUGAUAUAACAUCCAAUAAUGUUGUGGAAUUCAAAUAUUCCAUAGAGGACAUAAUCGAUCGAUUAUCCAUAUUUCUUGGACGAAUUGGAGCCAAUUCUGUACCACUCGAUAUCAAUGAGGAAUCUGAAGUUGUUAAGAGAUUAAAGGCUAGAAUUGAUUCCUUGUAUCUAGAAACAAGACAACAAAAUGAAGAGAUCAAGAAAUUGGAGUCUCUGGCAGACCAAAGGUUAGAUGAGUUAAACGAAUUGAUGGAAGAUCUAUCGAAGAAGGACGAAGAAUUACAAUCAGUAAAAUGUCAUCUCAGCUCGGUAGAAAGACCACGAGAUGGAUCAGAAUCAAGCAGACGCUUUAUAGAAGAUCAUAGCCCUUUUAAAACUCUAAGAGAACCGUCCUUAGGAUCCGAACCAAAUGAAGGAGCAUCUAUACCUCCAGUAGAUUUAGAAACAGCUCAAAAAAUCUUCGAACUCAAUCAAGAUAUUGAGCAGCUGCAAAAAGAAUUGGACACUGCUAAAAAAUCAUCAGAAGAAUCAAAAGAAGAGCUAGAGAAAAACAGAGCUGAAAAUGACAAAUUUAGGGAAGAAAUUGAGAGCCUCCACAAUCAAAUAGAAGAUACAAUGACACAUUCAAAGGACAUUAAGCAAGCUUUGGAAGAGAGAAUAAGCAUACUACAGAAUGAAUUGGAGACAAAGGAUAGUGAGCUAGGAACUUUGGCCAGAGAAGCUAAAAGAUUAAGAGAAGAACUGGAAGAAAACAGAUCUGAGGAAAUCUUACAAGAAUUGGACAGAGUGAAAGCGGAAAGAGAUGAACUUAUUCUAAGAAAAAGCUUAAAUACAACGCCAAAAAUCACUCCACAAAAUACGCCUCAAUCAAGUCCCCUCCGAUUGUCACCACAUUCAACUUCAUCUUCAAGAAUUCGUCCAUCAUCUCCUGGUGAUAGUUUGGGCGUACCUUCUCCCAUGUCAUUCAGCAGCGUCGACUACGUGCCUAAAGGAUAUUUUGGGGCAUUGGCACAAAAAAUGAUAGUCGAACAUGAAAUGGAUAAAAUUCGCAAGGAUUACCGUUCAAAGGAGUUAGCUUCGCGCUAUAGUAUUGAAGAUCCAAGAUGCCCACCAGUUGCAUCGCCAGUCAGAAUUGGCUCAGAUUUACGUACACUCUACGCUCUGGGUAAAUUAGAUGAUUUUGAAUUACUUAAGAAACAAGUUGAAGAAUGUAAGAGUCUUAUAUCUGGUAUUACUAUACGUUUGGAUCAAAGAUUGAAAUGUUAUGGCAGAUUAUCACCUUCAAAUAGUCCGGAUUAUUCUGUUCUAAGAGAAGUUAAUAUGAAUGUUGUCAACGUCCAGCACAUUAUUCAAGAAGUUCAACGAAUCAUUUCACUGUUCUGGGUUACUGAGGCAGGAUCCGCAGACCCUUCUAUUGAAAAGCGGCUACGCUUUAAAAUAGGAGAACUAGAAUGUCGUUUAUCAGCGAGAGAUGAGGAAUAUUUCAAAUUAGUUAAGAAAUUAAGAGAAACGAAUGAGAGGAAAAGACGAUUUCAGGAACAAUUAAUUGCCAAACUCGAUGAAAACAAUGCUAUUCUUGGAAAAGCUCAAGGUAAUCUUGAAAAGCGAGUUUCCAACGGUGAUUACCAAGUACCUCACGAAACGAUUGUUAUAUAG